AUGGCGACGAUCCACGACCCACAGACGAGCGCAUCCCGACGUCAACGCAGCAAGCCGUCCACUGCGACUGCCACCACUCAUUCUGCGCUCCACUUCCACAUGUCGUUCGAAGCCGGCCAUGGUCCUUCGCCGUUGCGCAACGAAAUUAAAGAGCCUUCCAACGACAGAGCCGCUAGGCCAACGAGAACCACCAAGCGCACUCAGAGAAGCGCACCACAGCAGAGUUCGUCCGUCAACAACAGCGACAUCCUCAGCCAAGAAGCCAGUCCCACACCCUCGGACAAGGUCAACAACGCCCUCGGUACCACCGUUCCUCAACUUCAGACCGUAGUCAAGAAGCAUGCAGCAUCCGACCGGUCCACUUCACCCGACCCACCCACCUUCCUCGACUUCUCGCUCUCCACCACAUCCUUCAGCUUGCCCUCCAACCCCUCCGACCCAUAUACCACCUCACCCACCUCCUCCACAACCCCCGACCGCACCCUCUCCCACCUCUCCCCCUCAGCCCGCGCCCUCCAACUCUCUCUCCGCCAGCAAGCCCGCCGCGAACAAGAACAGCAAUCUCUCUACCUGGAAUCUUCCCUCCGCCACCAAUUGCCCAUCUCGGACCCAAGACACCACAUUCCGGGCCUCGACAUCCACCAACGUCGACAUGCGGCUCUGGUUCGGAAAGCGAUGAUGAGUCGGGCGGAGGAGUGGGAGAGGGAGGAAGAGGAGGAGGGGGAGGGGCGGCGGAGAGAGGAGAAGCGGAGUACCAUCGAGGAGCGGAGGGCUGGAGUUCUUGCGAGACGCGCAGCUGACCAGGUGAACCCAACCAGCCCACCUGCCUCUAUGCGCAACAGCCUUGGCUCCCUCACAUCAUCCACCUUCCGCUCUCCACGCCGCAACUCCGGACUGAAAAAACCAUCCGGAGAACCGCUCUCCGAAUGGGACUUGGGGUGCGGAGAGGUGGAGAAGGGAGAGGUGGACGAGACGUCCGUUUGGGUGGAGCAACUGAGCCGUUCGUUGGCAGAUUGUGGCGUCGAGGGAGGUAUCGGAGGUAGAGAGGGAUCGGUAGGAGAAGGAGAGGGAGAAAAGAAGGACUAUGGGCAUGAGAGUGACGGCGGAGAGUCAAUGGGGAUGUCAUUGGAAGAGGCUCUUGCUGAGGCGAUGGAGGAUGUUUCCGGUGCUGUUGGAGGGGAGCCAGGCGGUGAGGCCGAGGUUGUGAGUUCGAAGAAGGAUGAUGGAAAGGAGGUGGAAGAGUGGGUGGAGGUGGACGAGGAGGACCUGGAUGGGGAAUGGGAAGAAGUUGAGGGGAAGUGA